AUGUCUCCAAGAAAAACCCGCCUGGUAGCUGGCUGCCAACGAUGUCGUGACAAUCGCACAGUCCGACACCUAAAAUGCGAUAUCAAUGUCCUGGGUUGCGAGCACUGUCAACAAGCCAGUGUGGAUUGUGACAGAACCAAUGUCCGGUUUCGCAAUGGUCUCUCAUUACCCAAAGAAGCUGAGAUUGCCUUCUCAGAUAAAAGCUGCUGGCCCCAACUGCGUGGCAAAGUGCGCUUCCAUGACGAAACACCCGAGAUCGCUAGCUUGUACUCGAUUAUUCAUGGCCAGCCGGAUUUUACCAACGGCCCUGACUAUAGCUCGCCAGUUGGGCUGAUAGAAGAGCUUGGUAGCUUGAGCGGACUACCAUAUGCAGCUAAUGGGACGAAGGAAGACGCCUUGGCCCAAUUCCCAGCUCCUACAGAAAACUUGUCGCCAUCUGUUCUAUCAUUGUCUUCAAGAUCAAUUGAAUCAAGAACAUCUUCCAAGCCUUCGCAACCGCUGAGUGAAAGGGAAGCCAUAUUGUUGAGAAAUUUCGUGGAGAAUAUGGCGCUCUGGGCUGAUAUCACAGACCCCCAACGCCAUUUUGAAACAGAGGUGUCAGCUCGGGCAUUGAAAGAGCCUGUCUUACGCUAUGCAAUUUUUGCAUUUUCCUCGCGCCAUCUUGACCGACAGGACAAUAGCGAUGUAACAGAGGCACUGCAGUACCAUAAUUGUUGUGUUCAACUGCUUAUUCCAGCCCUUUCUGAGCCUCACGAGCACAUCACCGAAGAUAUACUAGCUGCAGUCGCUAUACUCCGUCAACAUGAGGAAAUGGAUGGGGAGGACAAUCAAUUCCAUCUCAUUGGCACAACUCAUAUCCUGAAUACAGUGUCCACGUUUGGCUCUUCGGGUGGCCUGGGGGAAGCUGCUGCUUGGCUUUGUUUGCGGCAGGAUAUCUAUAUCUCACUAACCAGUCAACGGCCUUUGCGAACUAACCUACAAAGCUUUCACUACUCAGAUGUCUUUCAAAGAAAUGAUGACUUUGCAUGGUCCAGCAGAAUGGUCUUUUUGCUUGCUAAUGUUCUCCAGGGUGCUUUUACCAAUUCCACUAUAGCACAUGGCACAGACCACGAGAUCGAAGAGUGGUAUUCCACCAAACCGCAUACCUUCGACCCGGUUAGAUCAGUCCCACAAGGGCCCGGGCCCGAUCAACGACUCCCUACCAUGUGGAUGCUGCUACCCGUGCAUGUUAUUGGCAUUCAAUACUACCAUAUUGCCAAGAUUGUUUUGGCGCUUUCCGAUCCUUCACGGGCCUCCUCCACCUAUGAGAGUUUGCGACAUUCCCGAACAGUGGAGAAGAAUGUACGCCACCAUCUGCUUAUGAUCAUGGGAUUGGCACAGUCCAACACGAAAGCGGAGAACACCUUGUUUACUGCACGUCAUAGUCUAGUCGCCUGGGGUUGGGUCCUUCGACAUCCCCUCGAUCAAAGGGCAGCCGAGUCAUUAUUGCAAGCCAUGCAUGCAAGGACUGGUUGGAAUAUGAAUCCCCUCAUCGACACAUUGCGCGGGCAGUGGCAAGAGGAUGAAACUUGA